AUGGAUUGUUUAUUAGCAUACAGAUUAAUAGAACUCGCAAGCUCAAGAAAGCCAGAAGCUUCCGAAAUUGAAAAGGUCAUUGAAGUCGCAGGAGGAAAGGCCGUUGCAGAGAAAGUCAACGCACUUCUCAAGGCAUUUGAGGGCAAGAACUCUGACGAGCUGAUUGCAAAGGGUGCUUCUAUGCUCCAGUCCGCUGCACCAGUUGCCGCAUCUUCUGCAUCAUCCGCAGCAGCUGCUGAGACUAAGGUAGUUGAGGAAGAGAGCGAGGAAGAAAGCUCAGGAGACAUGGACCUCUUCGGUUAA